GUGGCCGGAGCGGGCGCCGGGAGCGGCGCGGAGAGGCGGCGGGACGGGCUGCUCCAUCCCCGGCAGAUACCUUUGAGGUGAGAUGCAAGACACGUGGAGAGGAAGGAGCCACUAGAUCAGGUUGAAGUGGGGAGGAAAAAACCAAACCCAGAAGCAUCAUUGACUGGGUAGAUUUAUCAACAUGAAUCGUGCUUUUAGCAGGAAGAAAGACAAAACAUGGAUGCACACUCCUGAAGCCUUAUCAAAGCAUUAUAUUCCCUAUAAUGCAAAGUUUCUAGGCAGUACAGAAGUGGAGCAGCCCAAAGGCACAGAAGUUGUAAGAGAUGCUGUUAGAAAGUUAAAGUUUGCAAGACAUAUCAAGAAAUCUGAAGGCCAGAAGACACCCAAAGUUGAGUUACAAAUCUCAAUCUAUGGUGUAAAAAUUCUAGAUCCAAAAACAAAGGAGGUCCAGCACAACUGUCAGCUGCACAGGAUAUCCUUUUGUGCUGAUGACAAAACUGACAAGAGAAUAUUUACUUUCAUCUGCAAAGACUCAGAAUCCAAUAAGCACCUGUGCUAUGUGUUUGACAGUGAGAAGUGUGCGGAAGAGAUAACUUUAACAAUUGGUCAAGCAUUUGACUUAGCUUACAGGAAAUUUCUGGAAUCCGGAGGAAAAGAUGUUGAAACAAGGAAACAAAUCGCAGGUUUACAGAAAAGAAUUCAAGAAUUAGAAACUGAAAAUGCAGAACUGAAAAAUAAAGUUCAAGAUUUGGAAAACCAGUUAAGAAUAACACAAGUACACGCGUCUCCACUGCUGCACAUAAAGUGUGAUAAUGAUGAACAUAUGUUUCAAAGACCCUCUACUUUUUUCUGGUGUAACAAUGAGGAUUCACCUCCUUGUUUAGAUAUCUCUUCCAUUACGCUUACUCCUAGGAGUUCUCCUGACUCUAGACUACCACCUGGAUUGUUAAUACCACCACCUUCAAAAAGUGGUCUUCCAAAGCCUGCCAGUGAAUACAGCUGCCCAAGACCUCGUGCAGGCAGUGUGACACCUAAAUCACCCUCCACUGACAUCUUUGAUAUGGUUCCCUUUUCUCCCAUAUCCCCUCAGUCAACAACACCUACUCGCAAUGGUACACAGCCUCCUCCAGUACCCAGUAGAUCUACAGAGAUCAAGAGAGACCUUUUUGGAGCAGAACCUUUUGACCCUUUUAGCUGUGGAGCAGGAGAUUUCCCUCCAGACAUUCAGUCCAAACUAGAUGAGAUGCAGCGUCAGCGAUGGAGGGGUUCAAAAUGGGAUUAACUCUUGAAGGCACAGUAUUUUGUCUUGACCCACUAGACAGCAGGUGCUGAUGCCAAGAAAGUCAAUGUGAAUUUCCUCCACAGUGGGUUUUUUUUUUAUUUCUGAACAUGUACUCACAGAUACUAUCCAUGUGCCAAAAAUUGCUUUUUUCAACUUGUAUACUCUUGUGAGGCUUGCUUCUGUAAAAAUUCAACUUAUCUCCAGUCUUUCCCUGUACAAAUGUAAAAAGUUGUAUUUGUUUAUGGAUUAUGGAUUAAAUUACGCUGUUGUGUUUCUUUCUGUCACAUUUUGGCCCGAAUUUACUAUGCUUUAUGACUAUUAGCUUGGAGAAGUUCUUCAGAAAGGUCACUCAUACCUCUGUCUCUGUCUCUCUCUGCAAAUGUGCAGGCAUGAAUUCUACAUAAUACUUUACCUGGCAGCAUUUUGAAAUUAUGCUUUUAAGAUAUUAUUUAAUAUCCAAGCAGUAAAAUUAUUAAUAUCUGCUACAAAAAAUUCAAUUUGCAGUGAGAAAAGCAUAAAAUACUAACCAUUACUAGAUGCUUCAAAAGUAAAUCUGGAUGCAGUGUGAUUGAUUUCCAUCACUGUGUGUGGUUACUAUCCUGUACAUAUGUUGUAUUGGUUUAUACAAUCCAGAUUUUAGGUCCUUCAUUCAUGUUUUAGAAACUAACAAGUUAUUAGUCUGCUAAUUAGUGCGUAAUGAGCCUAGAAGAACUGCUAAAGUGCAGGAUGGCAAAGCAACUGCCCUUUGUUUUGAUCUUUUAUAGCUGAAGUGUAAAGUAUGUACCUUGGAGUCCAUUACAUGCUAGCCAUAACUUAAAAGGAAGAUUAUGGUCCUGCAUUUACUUAGGAACUUAUGUAAUUUUGUGUAUAAGCAGCACUGGGCUCACUUCUGUAAUUACUUUCAACACCUGAGUGUUUAUAGCCAGGCUCUGUUGAGUAUAAUUCUUUUACUCUCUUCUUUAGUGUUCCAUGUCUUUAAUUUUGAGGCUUUCUGCAGAGAAACAACUAUAAGUAAGUCCUUUGUACCCACUGGUUGUUCAUGUUACAGAAAUACCUGCACACCAAAAUUCUCAGCUGCUGGUGAGAUGAAUGCUGACAUGUCUAUGCAUACUCUUCAUUAAUCUUUCUCAUAAGCAAUAAAACACCAUCUUAAACCGAUCUCAGAAAAUUAUCGUCAUGAGUUCAAUUCAAAACUUUCCAACCUCUAGUAAUUUCCCUUCAAAACAUACAAAUGUGGAAACCCCCCCUGCCCCAAAAUUUUCAGAUUAUUUUUAAUGAGAGGCUUUUUGCUGACACUUAUAGUUUUGUCCUUAACAGUCACAGUUUACACCAAAACCAUAUUUUUCAAUUUCAUCCCGAGUAUUGUUAUGCCUUGUUCAACAAAGUACUUGUGCAUGUGCCUUUGGAGUCCUCUAAAAGAAUGGGAUUAUUCCUUUGCUGGCUUUGACACAUCCUCAGGUACCUUGCUGAAUUGGGGCCUUAACAUCCUCCAUUACAUUUAUCUUCCUCUCUCUCAUUCUGAGCUCAUCAUUCAUAUAGAGUAUUAUAGAGAAAUAUAUAUUAAAAAUAUAUGAAAUCACUAACAAAUAGAAUAGUAUAUGUUUCAUAAAGAAAAGUCUUUAUAAUUUUGUUUGUCAUAUAGUAUUUUCGAAUUUGUAUAAUGAGGAUGUUUAGUAGCCAUAGCAAUGGCCUUUUUUAACAAAUAGAAUUUGUAUUUUUAUUGUACUUUAAAAAGCUUUACAUAAUAAGCAUCUAUUUAGUGGUCAUUUAUUAUCAAUGGUAACACUAAGAUAAUAUUUGCACAUUUUAAGGAACCUUUUUCGUUACUGAUUUUUAUGAUAGUUGACUGCAAAUGGCAUGGUUAAAUCUUAUAUACCUGGUCAAUACAUACAAAAAUACUUAAAUCAACACAGCAGUGCAUUUUUAAUUUUUAUGUGAUCCAAUUGGAAACUGUAUUUCUAUGUAAUCUCAAAUGUCUGUUUAAUUUUGCCUAAAAUAAAUGUUUUUAAAUAAA